AUGGAGUAUAAUCAGAUUACUGGCUCUGUCCCGAUCUCCUUAUUAAAUAUCUCGUCGCUGCAAAUUUUGUCGCUGUCGAUGAACAAUCUUAGUGGAUUCUUACCACGGGAGAUUGGCAACUUAACCAAGAUGCAACAUCUAUGGAUUAGUGGAAAUAAGCUUAUAGGUGAAAUACCCAAAGAGAUAAGCAAUCUCGUUGAGUUGGAGCUACUUGAUCUUGGAAAUUUGACAAAUCUUUCUCUAUCUUUGAACACUCUAAAUGGCAUUCUUCCAGCCUCCACGGGGAACCUUUCCACAUCUCUUAUAAGAUUUUACGCCAACAAUUGCAAAAUCAAAGGGCGAAUUCCAAAUGAAGUUGGGAACUUAAGCAGCUUAUUAGACCUUGAUCUUUCUGGAAAUAACUUACAUCUGGGUGAUAUUUACUUGGAUCAAAAUCAACUUUCAGGAUCUCUUCCUAAUUGUUUAGGGAAUAUUACUUCCCUUAGGGAGAUACAUCUCGGUUCCAACAAAUUGAGUUCAAAUAUACCGCCAAGCUUAGGGAACCUUCAAGAUCUAGUGGUUCUUAACUUAUCGUCAAACAACAUGGUAGGUUCUUUACCUCCAGAAAUUGAAAAUCUAAAGGCUGCGACACUGAUAGAUCUGUCAAUGAAUCAAUUCUCAAAUGGAAUUCCUACAGAAAUUGGAGGCUUGCAAAAUCUGGCAAACCUUUCUUUGAGACACAACAAGUUACAAGGAGCUAUACCUGACUCAAUGAGCAACAUGGUAGGUUUGGAAUUCCUAGACCUUUCUCACAAUAAUAUAUCUGGAAUCAUUCCUAAGUCUUUGGAGAAACUUCAAAACUUGAAGUAUUUCAAUGUUUUUGUCAACAAAUUGUAUGUUGAAAUACCCUCUGGGGUCCUUUCAAGAAUCUCUCGAGUCAGUUUUUCAUCCACAAUGAAGCAUUUUGUAUUUGUUACUAUGGCCUUUGUGCUCCUAUGGAUAAGGUAUAGAAGAGGUAAAAGUGCGCCUCAACAAGCUGAGUCAUUGUCUACCGUAACACGAGAAAGAAUUUCAUACGAUGAACUGCUCCAAGCAACGGAUGACCUUAGUGAGAGUAAUCUGAUUGGUUUUGGAAGUUUUGGCUCUGUUUACAAAGGUGUUCUCAGAAGUGGAACUGCCAUUGCAGUUAAAGUGUUCAACCUGCAACUGGAUGCGGCAUUCAAGAUUUUUGAUACCGAAUGUGAUGUUUUGUGCAGCCUUCGUCAUAGGAAUCUCGUUAAAGUCAAUUACUAG